UGAAGCACUUUAAGAUCUUUGGAUAAAAUGUAUUACCAAAAAACACACUAUUUGUUUUUCUUUUUCUCACAGUUAUUCCCAAGAGGACAUAUAUGUCGGAUAAGCCAAGAUCCAUGUGAUUUUACAGAAUAUUGCACUGGAACAUCUGAGUUUUGUGUAGAUGAUAUGAAAUCUCUUGAUUAUGAACUAUGUAGUAAUAAAACCGCCUUUUGCUAUAAGGGAAUAUGCCGAGAUCCGAGUAGACAGUGUAUGGAGUUAUUUGGAAAAUUUUCUAAAGGUUCUAGUUAUUUAUGUGCAGAAGAAAUCAAUUAUCUAGGAGAUGACUUUGGAAACUGUUUUCCCAACCGCUGUGUUAUAACAGAUACCCUUUGUGCAAAGAUAGUUUGUCACUGGACACAUACAAAGAUAGCAUCAACCACAAGUUAUGAUAUUCAGUACACUUACCUUGGCGGCCAAAUAUGUAUGUCAGCAUCUAAAAGAAGCAAUACUCCAGGUCCAGAUCAAAGCUUUGUAGAGGAUGGUACUAUAUGUGAUCAAAAUAAGGUUUGUAUGUCUCAAAAAUGCGUACACAUUUCAAGCUUAAUAUCAUCACGACCAUGUAAUUCGACAUUACUGUGCGGUGGACAUGGCGUUUGCAACACUAACAACCAUUGUCAUUGUGACGCUGGAUUUACUCCUCCAUCUUGUGAGUUAAUACCAUCAUCACCAGGAGGAAGUAUUGAUGAUGGGUUUUGGCUUUUAUACGAAGGUUAGUAUCUUGAUCGGUGUGUUCCAACAGAACUUUCUGCACUUACAGAAAUGUUCUACAUCUCCACUGUUGAUGUGGCUGUUGAGCACCUAGCAUGUGGAAAGUGCAACUAAGGAACUAAAAUUUCCAUUUUAUUUUACUUUAUUUAAUUUAAACUUAAAUAGCCAUUUGUGGCUACUCUGUUACACAGUGCAGCUCUACUCUAAAUGAUACUGUCAAUAAAAAUUUUAUAUACACUUUUAAUUCACAUCUAGACGUGAACAUUUUAAUAGGUGUCUCCUUAAUUUUAACCACGGUUACCCAAACAUUUCUAUUUAUAUGGCAGAGUUUUCUUGAUUGGUGUUAUUAAAUUAUAGAAUAGGGGAUAGUUUUGUUAUAUAGUUUAUAUUCCAAGGAUCUUAACUAUUAUGAUGUGCUAGUUCAUAACUAAGUUGCAUUUUUAAGUUAACCAUUCUGUAUGUAGAAAGGUAAAAAUGCUCAAAUCUUUCACACCCAUAGCACAUGGAGAGUAGAUGGUAUAAAACACUUUUCCAUUUAUUUGGUGAACAUUCAUGAGUAAAUGUAGUGUAUUUGGUUUUUCUAAACCUCACAAUGUAUAAAUCUCAUAAGAGUUUCAUUCCAUUAAUAUCUUGCAAUCAUCGGCACUUUUGUUUUAUAUUUCAUUUAUAUAUUAUGUUAUAAAACUGACGAUGCAUUAUUAUUUGCCUUAGGUAGCUAAUAGAAUGUUAAAGAUUUUUAAAUAUAAAUAUUUACAUUUGCCCACAUAUUUACUGUUUUUUAGGGCUUUUCAACUCUUCCAGCAAAUUCAAAUUUCCAUAUGGGUCAUUUCCUUUCAGCUUGAAAAACUUCCUUUUGUAUUUCUCUUUUUUGUAUUUAUCUUGCAGUGACCAUAUGUUUCAGCCUUUGUUUGUCUUUAUUUAUUUAUUUUUUAAAUUUCAGCCUUUGUUUGUCUUUAAAAUGUUUUUAGAAUGUCUAAAUUCAUGAAGGGUAUUUUCAUUGGAAGUAGAUUUCUAAGUUAGGAAUUGUUACUCUCAGCAGUUCAAAGAUGUAAUCACAUUGUAUCCUGGCUUCCAUUUUCUGAUGAGAAUACAGCUGUCAUUCUUAUUAUACAUUUCAAUAAUAUAAUUAUUCUUUUAUUCUUUGUCUGAGUUUCGGAUUUAUUUUCUAUAUUUCAUUUUCUACAGUUUCACCAUGAUUGACCAAGAUGUGUUUUUCUUUGAAUUUAUCCUGUUUGGGUUGGCUGAGAUUCUUGAAUCUGUAGGUUGAUGUAUUCUUGGAAAUUUUGAAAAAUGUCUUAGCCAUUUUCUCUUUUUCAAUAUUUAUUUUUUAUUAAACAUAUUUGGCUUUUAAAAAAAUGUAUACACAUUAAGAUUUGUGGUAUUCAAUUCUAUGGAUAUAGGAAAAAUGAACAGACUUUUGUUCCCAUCAAUUGUCACAUGAUACACAAUAGACCUAUCAGUUCAAAUCCUCCCUCUGGCUUUCCCUUUGCAGUGGUCCCCUAGUGUUAAUUCCUAGGAAACAAUGACCUGUUCUCUGUCCCUAGAGAUUUCUCUUUUCCAGAAUGUCAUAUGCAUUUGAGAUUCAUUCCUGUUGUCAUAUGUUUAAAUAGUUCAUUUAUUUUUAUUUUUAACCUGCCUUGUAUUGAAAAGAUGUCCUCUAGUUUGCUUAUAGACUCACCCAUUAAAGGUUAUUUGUGUUUUUUCAAGAUUUUGGCAAUUAAGAAUAAAGCUGAUAUAAAUGUGCAUGUAGGAUUUAAUAUAAUUUAUGUAAUAUACUUAUAGAAUAUACAUAUAUGUAUAGAAUAUACAUAUAUUCUCACUUUUUGAUGGGUAAACACCUAGUAGUGAGAUUGCUGGGUCAUUUACUAAGUGUAUUUUUUUUUUUUUUUUAGUGCGUGGACUGUUAAUUUUAUAAGAAACAGCCAAGCUAUAUUCAAAACUGGCUGUACCAUUUUUCCUUCCCCCCAUUCAUUAAUGAGAGAUACAGUUUUUCUGCAUAGAUAUAUGCCCUUCAUAAACACUUGAUGUUGUGGA